AUGGCAGCAAUAAACUACCGCCUCAUCGACAUUGACGCCCUCGACCCCGACGCCGCCUUCCCCGCCGACCUCCUCACCCCCCACUUCGACCCCGUCCCCUCCAGCGAGAUCCAGAGCCUCGCCAACACCUGCCGCCAGCAGCUCCAGCGCGGCGAACAAGAGGGUGCCCUCAUAUCCGCCCUCCAGAACGUCCCCUACGGCGCUGACGACGCCGGGAAAGACCUCCACCUCGCAACCGUGCUCGAGAUUUUAUCGAGCAUUAAGGCGGUCGAGAUGUCACCGAUCCUGUCGCGCCUGUAUUCUGGCCCUGCAGGCACAGAGCUACUGGACACGCUGAUGAAGUAUCUGUACAAGGGCAUGGCCCGCCACAACGGUGCUCCGCAGGCGAUCUCGAUGCAGGCGACGGGCAGCACGCAGAGGGAGUUUGGGGUCGCGCCGAGUAGAGGGGAUGGAGGGGGGAUGAGCGUGCUGUUGAGUUGGCAUGAGAAGGUUGUGGAGAUUGCCGGCGAGGGCGCGAUUGUGAGGGUUAUGACGGAUAGGAGGACUGUGUAG